CCAUUUUUCCUCUUCCUCUCUUCCAAGAACCUUCUCUCUCUCUCUCUCUAUUUUCUCUUUGGAUGGCUCCAUUUCCCUUUCUCUCUAUUAUUUCCAGCUUACAGCCUAAAAUUCCUUCAUUUCCAUUUCCUCCCAUUUCUCUCUCUUUAUAAUUGGACAGCGAAAAAGAAAAAGAAAAAGAAAAAAAAGACAAUCAAAUACUAUCUUUCUUUCUCCCCAUUUCCCUCACAAAAAAAAAAACCAAUCAAUCAUGCGACCUCUUCAACCACCCCCACCCUCCGCCACCUCGUCCACCACGCCCUCCCCCAUGCCCCCACCCCGGCGCCCUCGCCGUCGUACCGAUUUAACCCUACCCCUCCCCCAACGUGACCCCGCCCUGGCCGUACCCCUCCCCUUACCCCCCACGUCAGCUUCGUCCACGUCAUCAUCCCCACUACCCACCCCUUUACAUUUCUCGGAACUCGAACGUAUCAACCGUAUCGGUAGUGGCACUGGUGGUACCGUGUACAAAGUCCUACAUCGCCCUACCGGUAGACUCUACGCUCUCAAAGUCAUUUACGGUAACCACGAGGACUCUGUUCGUCUUCAGAUGUGUCGUGAAAUUGAGAUUCUCCGUGACGUUGACCACCCUAACGUUGUUCGUUGUCACGAUAUGUUUGAUCAUAACGGGGAAAUCCAGGUUUUGCUAGAGUUCAUGGAUAAAGGUUCCUUAGAAGGGAUCCCUGUCCCUGAUGAACCAGCUCUAUCGGAUCUAACCCGACAGGUUCUAUCCGGGUUGUAUUAUCUUCAUCGUCGGAAGAUUGUGCAUAGAGAUAUCAAACCUUCUAAUUUGCUUAUAAACUCGAGACGUGAGGUUAAGAUCGCUGAUUUCGGGGUUUCCAGGGUGUUAGCUCAAACUAUGGAUCCUUGUAAUUCAUCUGUUGGUACUAUUGCUUAUAUGAGUCCUGAGAGAAUUAACACGGAUCUGAAUCAUGGACAGUAUGAUGGAUAUGCUGGCGAUAUAUGGAGUUUGGGUGUGAGCAUAUUGGAGUUUUAUUUAGGAAGGUUUCCCUUUUCGGUUGGCAGACAAGGUGAUUGGGCUAGUCUUAUGUGUGCUAUUUGUAUGUCCCAGCCACCUCAGGCACCGGUAACUGCUUCCAGGGAGUUUAGGGAGUUCAUCGCGUGUUGUUUGCAGAGAGAUCCCGCGAGAAGGUGGACCGCUGUGCAGCUGUUGUGCCACCCUUUUAUUACACGGAAUAGCCCGGGGACUACCAAUAAUAGCAGCAUGUUACCACCACCGCCACCUCAUUUUUCGUCUUCUUGACGUUUUAGGUUCGGAGAAAUUCAAGCCCUUCUCUUUUGUUUUUACUUAAUUUCUGGUUUUAUUUUGUGUAAUCUUAAAUGUUGUUACUCUAUGGGUGGUGGUGGUGAAGCGCUGGUUGGGUUGGAUUUUUAUUUCUGGAGAAAGAAAUAUUGGAGAAAUGGGGCUGGUUUAUGAUAAGAAAGGUUGAGUCUUUCCAUUUUUAGCUGAUCAUCAACAAUUGUUGUGUUGUUACACUCUUUUAUCAGGAGAAAGGAAAGUAGAAAUUAUGGGUUGCCCCCAACUUACAUAUUCAAUUCAUGGUAAUAUUUGGAGAUGUUUCUCAUUUCAAAAA